CGAGCAGAGCAGCAGAACUAGUGGAGCUUAUCGCAUUCGAGGCGCUCGGUGCUCUUCUCCAGCCCAUCUGCGCUCUCAGCAAUCAAUUCCCCCUCAGCUGCCUCUUUUUUAUAGUCAGUGAUAGCAGCCUGCGAUGCGUUCAGUAUCAUCGAGCGGCAUCCAUCCGUCUGCGUCGCGGCCGUCGCCAUGGCUCGACCCGCCGCCGGCGAUGCUGGCAAACAUGCGCACGACACCCAGUCUGCCCGAGACCGCGGAUCUUGUGAUUGUCGGCGCGGGGUUCAGCGGGGUCAGUGUCGCGUACCAUGCCCUGAAGGCGUAUCCGGGGAUGCGGAUUGUCUUGUUGGAAGCGGGGGAUGUGUGUAAUGGAGCGACGGGUCGCAACGGCGGUCAUUUACGUCCGGAUUACUACACCUACACCACCGACGUUCUCUCGAAAUUUGGCCCGGAGGAAGCGGUCCGGCACAACAAGUUCGAGCGCCGGAACUUCGAGGCGCUGAUGGAGCUCAUCGAGCAGGACGGCGUCGAGUGCGAGACCGAUAAGGACGGCGAGGCGUGGCAAGUUUUUUUGUCGCCAGUAGAGUUCAGGCAGGCGCUGAAUAAUCUUGCGGUGAUGAGAGAUCUCGGAGGGGAUGUGCAUGAUGUGCGGGUUUAUAUGCGUGAGGAGGCUAGACGGAUUACGGGAAUACAAGGCUGUUUUGGCGCAAUAGCCUCGCCCGCGACUCCAAUCUCGCCCACAAAACUGGUCUCCCACCUAGUCGAGCGCAGUCUCGCAAACGGUCUCAACCUACAGACCAACGUGCGCGCCACUAAGAUCUCGCGAAACGUACUAACAGGCAGCAGCAGCGGAUCCGAGUCGGCGUACGGGAUCCACGCGGACUCAGACUCGGACGGGUUCGAGGAGAUUGACGGGUCCACGCUGCGCAUCGCACCGAAACGCUCGUCGUUCUUGUAUAAAGUGCAAACCACGCGAGGCGCGAUCCUCGCAAACAAGGUGGUGCAUGCGACAAACGCGUAUCUCGACAGUCUACUGUCAAUUUCCUCGGAUAUAAUCAGCACCACGAAAUCCUCGAGCACGAACGUUCUCGUCACGCCUACCCGCGGACACGUUAUCGAGAUCGAACCGCUGGGCGAGGGGCGGAAAUCAUUGAGCUUAGACCCGAACCAUAAGAUCACAAACAUGAGCUUCAACUACGGCGGCGAAUAUCUCGUGCAGAGACCGAACGGGAACUUUGUGUUGGGCGGCGGGCGCCGGUACGGCCGCGGCCAGGGAUACGAAGAAUUGAGUAGUACUGCAGCGUCCUCAGCCGAGGAGGAAAUCGACGCGGCAGUCGACUUGCACCUGCGCGCGUUCUUCACACAAACGCUCUGCUUUGACAACGCGCGGUUUUUGAAACCCACGCUCUCGCCGAUUCAAACCGCGGAGACCAACGCGACGUACAGCGAAACCUUCCGCGUCGUGAACCAGUGGACGGGAAUCAUGGGUUUCUCGACCGACUCGUUCCCGAUCGUGGGUAAAGUGCCCUCGUUCGUGGAGCAGAGCCAGGAGUAUUGUAUCGCGGGAUUCACAGGGCACGGGAUGCCGCGGAUUUUCUUAGCCGCGAAGCAGCUCGUGCGGCAGAUUUUGGCGGAAGAUCCGGAUUUCCAGUUUGAUCUCGAGUACUCGCAGAGUACAGACCACGGCGGCGGCGGCGUGACGGAGAGUUUUAUGCAGAGAGAGGCGUGGGAUGGGUGUGAGGAGAUGCCGGAGUGUUUUGGGAUCACGGAGGAGAGGUUGAGUGAGAUUAUCACUGCAUUGCGACAGUUUUAGUUUUGGAUGUGUGUUAAUGUGUUUGAGAGAGGGAUGGAGAGGGGGGGAGUUUUGUGUAUGUUGUGCGAGAUGAGAUAAUUGUGCAUUUUCAAAAGUCUGAAAAAGUCUGAAGUCUGAAAGUCUGAAAGUCUGAAAAGCAGGAGCAUUUGUAUCUAUCAGUACUAUUUAAUUGAGUAAUAAUUACCAUACGAUUA